UAAAGAGCACUUGUAGCAACUCAGUUGCAGAGCAGCAGCCUCUCAGUGUGCUUCUUCACAGGAAAGGAAGCAAAGCUUUUGAUCAUACUUUAUUUUCCUAAUAACAGCAAUUAUAAGACAGAUGGGAAGAACAAGUGAAACUGUGCUCAUUAUUUUGUGUGUAUUAAUAACUGUUAAAGCUUUUGAAAUGGAAAUUAUACCGGCUGACAGAGUUGUUGCACGGAUUGGAGAAAUACUGAUACUCACAUGCAAUACUACUGGCUGCGCAUUACCAAAGUUUUCAUGGAGAACCCAAAUGGACUACCCCCUUGGAGGAAAAGUGUACAACAACAAGACAUACUCUACCUUGACUAUGAAUCCAGUUAGUGCUGAAAAUUCUAACGAUUAUUUAUGUACUGUCAUCUGCAAUAAAGAGAAAAAAGAGAAGAGUGUCAAAGUUGAACUUUACUCUUUUCCCAGCAAUCCUGUCAUUGAGACCAGCACAUCUCUAGUUGUUGGAGAAACCACCACUGUCAUCUGUAAAAUUCAUGAUGUGUUUCCCUCUGAACACCUGGAAUUACUCCUAAAGAAAGAUGAAUACAUUCUUCAUAGCAAAACUUUUGAAGGAGAUGUCAGCACAAAAACAGAAACCAAAGCUGUGGCAUACUCAUUUAACCUCACAACUGAAGACAAUGGCAAGGAGAUUACUUGUGUGGCCAGAUUACAGAUUGACAGUAUGGACUUUGAGCCCAAAGAAAGAUCAACUUCUCUCAAACUGAAUGCACACUUUGGUCCACAAAAUACUUUCAUUAAUACAUUUCCUGGAAACUCAUCAAUGGAAGGACACUCUCUAAAACUUACUUGUGUGACUGAGAGUAAUCCACCAGCAAAAGUAUUUUGGAGAAAACAUCUGGCGAAGGAAAACAUUCAGCAUUUUGUGAAGAACAAUGUCCUUUCUAUUCCUCAUGCCCAUUUCACUGACUCAGGACAGUACAUCUGUGAAGUAAUUAAUCCUAUAACUAAUAAAACUGAGAAAGCAACCAUGAACAUUGUUAUACAAGCUCCACCAAAAAAUACAUCGCUAACAGUUUUCCCAUCGAGUUCAGUGAGAGAAGGAGAAAGUGUUACCAUCUCUUGUGCAGCUGCAGGUGUCCCAGCUGUUCAGAUUAUCCUAGAAAAGAAAAUAGGUGAUGUGAUCACAGCCCUUGAAACAGAAGAUGGCAAAUACACCAUAGACAAGGCUCAGCUAAAGGAUGCAGGAAAAUAUCAGUGCACAUUCACUAACAAAUUUGGAAAUCGUUCUUUAGAUGUAGAACUUGAUGUCAAAGUUCCUCCUCAGAAUAUUACUGUGUUAGUUUAUCCAUCAGAAAACGUUAAAGAAGGAGAAAACAUCACUAUUAUGUGUAGCACGUACAGUAACCCACCAUCACAGAUGAUCCUGAGAAAAGUUAAUCAAGAGAAAAAAAUAAUUCUGCCAGCAAUCAAUGGGACCUUCAUGCUCUACAAUGUAACCAAAAAUGAUACAGGCAGAUAUUUGCUUGAUGUUUUCAAUGAGGUUGGAAACAAUGUGAAAGUGAUAGAGAUAGCUGUUGUAGGAAAAUUGGAAAAACCAGAUCAAAUUAUGCCCCUGAUUAUUGCAUUCUCCUGUGUAGCAGCAGUAGCAGUACCUGUGGUUGCAAUUUUGAUCUACGUGUCAAGAAAAGCAAAGAUAAAUGGAUCCUACAGUCUCGUUAAAGCAUUGAGGCUGAAAGUGUGAUUGUAUGAAUAUAACUCUAAAUUUUUCAUAAUAAGCAAUUUUAUUUAUUGUUGUGACUCUUUCUAUGCCUGUUGCAAAACAUAUGGUAACAAACAAGUGAUUUGAGAACAGUACCAUAUGAUUGCAAAUGCAUUUUUGGUGUGCUUUAAGAGGCAUUUCAGAAUUUGAAUUAAAGGGAAGGCUAGCAUCCUGUCUUAGGAGUAGGUAUAGCACUUCUGUGUUGAAGCAUGUGAAAUCAAGAGUUCCUUGUGGAACUACGUUUGUACAUAGUGUAUAAAUUGUUACAAAUAUGUUUAACUGAAUAUCAGUUUGUAAAAUUGCAGUCUCUGCAACUGUAUAUAGACAUGAUGUUUAUUCAGAAAUAUAAAUUAGUGUUACUUGAACUGAUUAAUAAUAUUUUAUUUUGUAUUAUUCUACGGAUUGAAUGUUUUUAAUAUAGUCUUUCUGCUUGUGGCCAUUUUUGGAAAUUGUUCUCCUUUCACUUAUUUUGCCAUAAACUUUGUACCUUCAAAGAAAUCACACAAUCACUUGGUUAUUCAUAUGAUUAUUUUAAAUUAAUUUAAGAUCUCAAGACUUGUUUGUGAAGCAUUGUAUUUUAGUUAGUGAAUACAUUAUAAUAAAUAUUACAUAGGAAGGGGCUGGGAUUAUAAAAUAGGUGUUUUGGGGACAGCUGAAGUGUUUUUAUGGGAAUUAGUCAUUCACAAAUCAAUGACAAAAUUCUGCUGUUUCAUAACGAACCAAAUUAGACCCUUUGCUUAGGAUGUAAGCUGUCAAUAAGUAUGCUUUAGAGAUUUCCACUACAAAAUGCUACCAGUAUGUUUCUCUUAAAUCCCCCUAGUGAUUCUUGCUUAGUAUUUUGUCAGAAUACUUGCUUUCAUACUUUCUUACCUGGAAAUCACCUGCUGUGAUUUUGUUUUUUAGAAAUGUAGUUCCUUUUUACCUGUGGACUUCCUCUGAUAUGUUUAAACGUAGAGAUCUUGAUGUAGGUUAGUAUUACUAAAGACAAAGCUUGUGUAGUUCUUAUGCACAUUCCUGUAGAAGGAGCUAUUGAAAGCUACUAUCCUUAGCAACAGCAGGUUUUAAGAGUGACAGGAAGCCCUCCGUGGAACGGCAGAAUCAAAGCAGGUGGUUACCUAAGCAAAGAGAAUCCAUAUGACCUCAGCCAUGGUGGUGGUUGUUUCCUGAAGCGAUGUCAUUCUUGGGCUGCUCAUUGUGGAAACCAAAUCACUUGCCUGGCUAUGUGCUUUACCCUGGUUAGUGCCUCUUUUCACCACAUCCUCUUUCUGGCGCUGGGAAAACGCCUAUGAAAAUAGCAGAUCUUCUGUGCAGAGGCAAAGAUGAAAGGGAAUGAGAAGUGGAAUUUAAUGUUAUUCUUCACUACAUCCUUGCCAGCAGUGCUGCUUUGACUCAUGUGGUUUGUGUUGUUCACUGAAGAUAAGGCUCUACAAGGUACAAAGCUGUAUUAAGGGAUCAGACAUUGAGGUGCUAGAGUACAUUUACCCCCAGCAGCCUUGUGUUAGACACAAGAAUGGGGUGCUGGCUUCUCCAAACUUGCAUGAAAAUGCAAUCUAUAUGAAAGGUCAGAAAUCUAUAUGAAAGUAAUUUCUUUGUGUUAUUUACUAUCUACAAAUGAUAGCAGCUGCCCCCAACAGCAAUACAAACACAAAUGUCAUUUUAUAGCUUGCUGCAGGAUGAGGUGUGGUGCACAUCUGUGUCAUCUUCAUAGCAUACUCAGAAGUGUUUUCUGAACAGUAAAUUAUUUCAUGCAGGGUCCUGUGCAUGUCUACAGUUGGAAUGGGAGCUUUGGAAAGUGGGAGUGUAGCAGAAAAAGAGAAGUAUGGACUUGGCUUGGAGAAAUAUGAGCUUGAAGUAGGAGGGUGAAGGAAAGAUUGAAGACAGAGGAGAUGGAAAGCUUUGACAGACUCAUGACAUAAAUUUCUUGGAGGUAAUCCCAAGCAGGUUUAUUCAUAAUAUCAAGCAUACCUCUGUGCUGACUUGUGAGCAAACCAAAAAGUAUAUAUUUAUAUUUUUUUCCCUGUAUGAAACUUCAUUGCAUACACAUUUUGUCUACCAGAUAUAAUUCUUGUUGCUGGAGGACCUGGGGGGAAGGGGGGUAAAAGAAUAGGAAAAAGAAAAAUUAAAAUGCAUAAGAUGUUUCAAUUUGGAGAGAAUUCUGAAGAAGGAGGGGAUGUGACUGAAGUUUUCUAAAUUGUGAAGGCAGUUAGUAGCAAACAACAAAUACAAAACUGUUGUUUGCUAAAUCAUAUGAUGCCAGGACUGCAGGACCCCUACAUGAGUGGGAGACUGGUUUAAUGGAAAUAAUGGAAGGUACUUCUUAACACGGUAAAUAGUUGGAAGCUUCUAUUGCUGGAGAUUGUGAUGAAAGGCAGUAUCAAUUGGUUCAGAAGGAAAAUAGUGAAAAAAUAAAGAACUAAAGGAUCAAGAACAAAUACUAAAGGAAAUAAGCAAAUAGUCCUCAGGCCAAUUUUGCAUGUUGACCUUAAGCAGACACUCAUUGCUGAAAACACACUGCCAUAGUGGAAUGAUAGGUAAGACCCAGAAAGUUAUUUCUGCCUUUUGACUCUCUGCAUGGGCUUGAAUGAGGCCUGCUUGGGUAAGGGGUUUAUUAGCCUUUAUGCUGUUUUCCUUUCUUCUGUAGUCUCUUAGAAGUUAUAAAAAGAGAAGAGCUGAGUAAGAGGACUUGACUUUGGUUGGACUUGAUGAUCUUCGAGGUCUUUUCCAACCUGGGUAAUUCUAUGAUUCUAUGAGAGAGAAAUACGAAUCAUCUCACAACAGCAUUUCUGCAAUUUUGUUUUUUUUUCCUGGGAAAUCCCCUCAGGUUCUCAAUUUAUUUGUGAUUUAGAUGCAGAUUUUUAUGUCUACAUGAUUUGUCUGCCCUCACAGAGUCUCUAUACUUAAUAGCCAAUUAAGUCAAUGGGGGUUGAUAUUUGAUUUCAGUAGGCCAGCUUCUAUAAUCAUGAAGUGAAUAAGCAGAGCUUGCAGUGCUCGUUUUGGGAGAGGCUGCUUUUGUGUGGGCAGCAAACUUCCUUUCCUUGAAAUUACUAAGAACUUUACCAGCAAAUCUCCUCCUCUGCAGCCUGAUUUUCGGUAUUUCCCAGGACAUUUCUUCAUUUGGGCAGCAGCUUGUUUUAUUGGGGUUGAAAGUUCAUUGUCAAGUAACUUAUCUUUUUGUUGAAAAUCACAGAAGGAUUAUAAUUUCUCCCUGUGCUAUCUUUCAUCAAGUGCAGAGCCUCUGCCCUGGCUAAAAGGCAUAAACAACAGCUCCAGACUAGCAAGUGCUUUCAGGAAGGGUCUGAGCUGCCUGGAGGUCUAGGUAAGAGCCCCUGCCAUGGGGCGUGUCUUCAUGACUGACAAAAUAAUCUGUAGAGCAGAGGACUGCGACGUUCAUUCAGGUUUCCCCUGCAAAGUUGCAUAGCUUAUAGAGUUGCCUUUUACCCUGUUACCCUGCUAAUGCAUACCAGUUGUCCAUGAGUUUAUCCCAGCAAUACUGUGGGGCACUGCUAAAUGUUAAAGGUAAAAUGGGUCUAGAUAUUUAAAAGUGAUUACAAAAUCUGAUUCCCUAUAGCCAGUUUGAGACAUGCUCUUUUUAAAAUGUAAAGUUAAAUAGAAAAAAGGUAACUUUUUAAACACUUUUGGGGAAUGCUUUCAAAUGAUUUUGUAUGUAUGCUGAAGGGAACAUUUAAUUUCUCCUGUGACAGAGGUAUUAGUUUACUUUGUCUUCCUUUUUGUGCCUUCUUCCCCACAAAACAAUUGUAUCCUGUAAUCAAACUCUGUCUUGUCUCUUUGGUAAACUAAAGAAAUUGAGCUGCUGUAAGCCUACCUUUCUCUAUAAAGUUAUUUCUAUGGUGCAUAAAUUAUCCUCACAGUCUUUUCUAACUCUGCUCUACUGCUGCAACAUAACCUUUAACACAGUAGAGAAAGAAUGGUAUAUGAUCUUGAACACUCCUCCACUUUUUAGAUUGAAAUAUUUUUGUUAUUCCAUAUUUGUUAAGGGCUUACAGCUGUGGAAUCUUUAUUAGUAUUUUAGUUUUAACUAUUUUAGUUUAUUAGUACUAACUGUGAUGUAAUUCUGCAACAUGGCUACCAGUUAAGCCACAAAGCCUCUUUGCUGUGGCUCGUCAGACUUAAUAGAUUGAAGUAGCUCUAGCAUGUAAGAGCAACCACACUAGAUCAGACCAAGAUAUUUUAACCAGAAGUGGUUAAAAGUUAAUGCCUAAAAAAAAUGCUGCAGAAUCGUGAAGUGUAUGGUAAGAUCUUCUCCAAAUGCUCUCCCCACGUCCAGCUCUUUUGAAGCUCAGGCUUUUUAAGUUUGCUUCUCUGCAUUCAGUAGUUCACAGUGGAUUUGUUUUCAGUUUGUUUGUUUUGCCUCUUGAUAUUAUAAAAAUUCACAGCAUCCACAACAUCCUUGUUUGCAAGGGAGUAAACACCACUUUGCUGGGUUCAAUAUCCUGUGCUGAUAAUGUCUGAGAGUUUGGAGUUUCUGUUUUAUAUUUUGGUUCAUCAUCUUUUUAAAAUAAAGGAAAGAUAAACUUUGUGCAAUCUUUCAACACUAAACUGCCCAGAUUUCUAGAUAACAUCAUGGACGUAAGCAACUGUAAUAUGAGGAACACUGCAGAGUAUUGCUGCAAGUUGUCAGCAGCGGGAGGGAGGGAUUUGACAGUGAUCCCACAGAGCAUAAUUGGAGGGCUGAAUGUGCAGUAUCUAUUAAGGAGUAAUUCUCCAUGCAGUCUGUAUUGCCAAUUGCUGUAGUUAAUGUAGUGCAAAUGAGUAAUCAGAAUUAGUUUCACAUUUGAAGAAUUCUCACUUAGAUGUUUAACAUUCAAAUUUUUUAUAUUUUUUUUUAAAGCAAAUAUAAGCAUAUUGGAUAAUUACUUUCAAAAAUAAGGUAACAUUUUGUAUGAUUUACCAGAAGAAGUGUGUGAAACAAUAAACCAACAGCAUGCAGCAAAGAUGAAA